AUGAAUCAAGGUUGCUGGAAAGUUGAUGAGAAUGAUGAAGUCCGAAAGCAAGGGAAAACUGAUCGACAUCACAAUUUUUGUAGAACGUUGUAUACAGAAUUGUAUGCAUCAAAAAGUACUGGAUCAAAAGCGAUUUACAUUGACAUUGAGGAUAGUAAGACGAAUGAAGAUGGAAAUUGGGAAUAUUCGAAGUGGUCAGAAUUACCAGAUUUACUCUUAGAAAAUAUUUUCUCCUAUCUUGGGAUAAGGGAAAAAUACUAUGCCAGUUUGGUAUGUAAGAACUGGUAUAGAGCAUUUCAUAUGCCUUUUGUGUGGAGUAGAUUUGUUCUGGAUGAUAAUACUUUAACUAGAAGCAGAUUCAACUAUUAUUCAGGAUGGCAGUAUGUUCUGGAUCAUUUGAGAUGCCAGAUGUGUCUAUCUUCUGUUGGGAAACACUUCAAACACCUAACCAUACAGCCGAUGCUGAACUUCUACAAUCUCUACGAGUUCAUGAAUAUGAUUUCAUGGUACACAGAACAGCGAGAAAGAAAAGAGAAUGUCGAAUUAGGCGUCGGCAGCAAUAUCAAGUUCUUGAAGUUCACUUUUCCCUGUAACAUGACGGCUAGAGCUGAUGCCGAACGAAUUCGACUAUUCGGAACCGGCGGCAAACUUCUUCAAGCACUGAGAAGACUCAUGGGUAAUUUGAAGAAGUUGCAAGAGUUGCAGUUGAUCGAUUUGAUGCUUGAUGCUAAGGAAGCUCAACAUCUGUUAGAUGAAGUUUGCGAUACUUGCGUUACAACUCUAAGAUCCCUUCACGUCAUAAAUACUACAAGGGUGCCAUAUCAAAUCUUACAUGCAGGAAUCUUCCUGAACCUCUGGGAGUUACACAUAAGCCCACAAAACCUCGGAGAUGAUUUAGUGGAACUACUUGGCUUUACCAAACUGAAGCAUUUGCAUAUCGUUCAGAAUAGGUAUACUUCGAACGAUAUCUACGUCACCCCUGUAUCGUCAUAUGUUUGGAAAAAAUGUAGACAAAAUAAUGCAUUUCUCAGUGUACAUUUGCAAGUAGAGAGUAGGAAAGAGAAAGUUGUUAUUUGGCAAGAAAAUGCAGCUGUUAGAACGCUUUUAUAUGAUUCACCGCAUAUUGGGUUAAGAACUGAGGAUCUCGUUACAGCUAUAGAAUUGUACAAAGAAGAUUUGAGAAUCUACGGUCACAAGAAUAUACCACGAUUCCACAGAUCCAAAUCAUUCAAUGAAAGAAUCGAUGAAAACUUGAUGAUGCUCAUAAGACAAUGUAAAUUUUUAUCAACUCUUGUAAUAGCUGAAAGAAUAUCGACAUCAACCGUCCUACUUUUAGCGUACUUUGGGAGGAAUUUGAAAUGGCUGCUGAUCAGAGGAAACGCUGUGAUAAUAAAAUCCGAUUGGAAGCAAAGUCCAGAUUGGACGCAGGAAUUUUAUACUUGGCUCAAGGUCAACAGCAGAUCAUAUGCAUCUGUGGAAAAUGAAGUGUCCCAAAUAUUGGGUUAUAAGUGGAGAUUUCUGACAGAUAAGCAGUUCAAGGGUUUGAAAGUCAAUUUACAUGAUUACUGA